AUGGCAACGGUCCUCGGUCCGGCUGCAAUCAACGAAACGAAGUUCACGAUGUGGAGCGAACAAGGACGAGCUCUGGGGCUUGAAUGGGACAUGCGGCGUGGCACGAUCACUAUCCCAUCUGAGAAGAUCACCAAGGCCCAGCGAUGCAUCGCGGACAUGGUGGAAGCUGGCACGACAACUAAAACCUCUGCGAUUAGCCUCUUAGGGUGCCUGCGUCACAUCUCCACAUGCUGUCCUCCGGCGCGCGCCUUUUACCAGCGCUUGCAAGGUGUGGCCGUCGUACUGGGCCGAACAGGGCGACGCAAGCUCCCCGCCCAGGCAGUCGAAGACCUGAAGUGGUUUCGAUUGAUUCUUCACCACAGCAGCCGCUUCAACCGUGUCCAUGUCGAACAAUUCGCCCGUCUUGACGAACCCACCGUACACGUCUUCAUGGACGCAUCUAAUCAAGGGCUCUGUGUGUUGGAACCAGCGCUCAAGCAAUUCAUCCGAGUACAGUUCGCCCCAGCUGACCAGGAACUGUUUCUGGCGGACCAAUCAGCCAACUCGAUUAAUGUCUGCGAGUUCCGCAGUGCAACACUCGCAGCUCUACUCUGGGGUCCUACAUGGGCGCUGUCUCGUGGACUCAACGCCGAGCAAGCCGACAACCCCUCGCGCAGCUGUACAAUCGACUUCUGUCCCAACUACUCGCUCGUGUGCACCGCCGCCCACAUACCCGGAGCCGACAACAUCAUGGCGGACGCCGGCUCACGAGCCUGGUCCCGAGCAGAUCAACACUUCGAUACGUGGACAAACUUGUCAUCUGGCUGGACGCAGGUACCAGUAGUGGCGCCCUACGACGAUCUCUCACCCGAUGCCUACUUCUUGGACAGGGACGGGAGACCUGUGUCGUGCGGGGCGGCGAACUCAGUGACUAUCGGUCUCGCCGGGUCCAAGAACGAUCAAUACGGACGUGGAGCCUGGCGAACAAUGCACGCCACCGGAAACCCGAUGCUAUGCCUUACGACGGCGCUUCGACUCAUUCUACGCGCACGCAGAGAUCUACAGCUCCAGGAUAGCGCUCAUCUGUGUGUCGACCUCAGCGUGGACGAAGUAAACCAAGCACUGAAAGUGGCGGCAGCGAGCAUCGGAGUGCCCGCAGCGAACUACUCAACUCACUCCAUCCGAUCGGGCGGAGCCGCAGCGCUGCUCAACGGAUAG